CAGGUAGCGCUCCGGCAGGGCGGGGCGGGGACUCCCCAGGGGCGGGGCCGGAGCGGUAUAAAUACCUCGCGAGCCGGGGCUCGGACUUAGACGGGCUCAGCUUGGCGGGAGUGUGGCAUUGUGAGACUUGGCCGGAGAACGGAGUCCUGCUGCAGCGACAGACAGACAGACAGACAGAGGCGGCGGUUCCCGCGCUAGAUAUCAGCUACUAACCAUGUCGACAGAGCUCCAGGAUGCUCACCUCGCAGAGGUGAAACCUCUGGUAGAGAAAGAUGAGGCAAUCACUCGCCUUCUUCCAGAUUUUGAUGUUCAGGAGCAAGAUGUUGAAACUCUGCAUGGCUCUGUCCAUGUUACUAUGUAUGGGACUCCCAAAGGAAACAGGCCUGCCAUCCUAACAUACCAUGAUAUUGGACUGAAUCACAAAACUUGCUUCAACCCCCUCUUCAACUUUGAAGAUAUGCAGGAAAUAACACAACACUUUGCAGUCUGUCAUGUGGAUGCACCAGGACAACAAGAUGGAGCAGCAUCUUUCCCAGCUGGAUACAUGUAUCCCUCCAUGGAUCAGCUGGCAGAAAUGCUCCCUGGGAUCCUAAAACAGUUUGGACUGAAAAGUGUUAUUGGAAUGGGAACUGGAGCUGGUGCCUACAUCUUAACUAGGUUUGCUCUGAACAAUCCAGAAAUGGUGGAAGGACUAGUUCUCAUCAAUAUAAACCCUUGUGCUGAAGGAUGGAUGGACUGGGCAGCGACUAAGAUUUCAGGAUGGGCUCAUGCCCUUCCAGAUAUGGUCAUUUCACAUCUUUUUGCAAAGGAAGAGAUUCAUAACAACCAUGAUCUGAUCCAUACUUAUCGCCAACAUAUUGUCAAUGAUAUGAAUCAAACCAAUCUUCAUCUCUUUGUCAACUCGUACAACAGUCGAAGAGAUCUUGAGAUUGAGCGUCCUAUGCCUGGAGCAAAUGUUGUUACUCUACAAUGCCCUUCACUGUUGGUGGUUGGUGACAGUUCUCCUGCUGUUGAUGCUGUGGUAGAGUGCAACUCUAAACUGGACCCAACAAAGACCACACUCCUAAAGAUGGCAGACUGUGGUGGUCUCCCUCAAGUUUCCCAGCCUGCAAAGCUUGCAGAAGCUUUCAAAUACUUCGUUCAGGGAAUGGGAUACAUGCCUUCAGCUAGUAUGACCAGGCUUAUGAGGUCCCGUACAGCAUCUGGUUCCAGCGUCACAUCUUUGGAGGGACAGAGAAGCAGAUCCCACACUGGGGAAGGAACAAGAAGCAGGUCCCAUACCGGUGAGGGUGACAGGAACAGAUCCCAUACUAGUGAUGGGUCCAGGAGCCGCGCUCACACAGACACACGUGUUGAGCUCACUCCUAACUCUGCAAGCAAUGCUGAACAAACAAGCCCCAAAUCCAUGGAAGUUUCCUGUUAAAUACCUUUUUAAAAAAAAAAAAAAAAAAAAAACACCAAAAA